UAAUCAGUAGCGAUAUUGAAAAUAACACAAACUCAUUUUCAACCAUGCCAGAAAUUGUUAAUGCGAAAAUAGCUCUUUCGGUAAGACAGAAUUCUGUACAGAAGUAUAUUUGGUUCACUGGCGAAGGCGACACUGCCGCCGAUAAAUAAGACUUGGGAAUCGUCACGUACUACCCGCGAAACCAGAAACUUACAAGACUCUGUUCAGUUCAAUCAACGUUUCAAAGAUUUUAAUUUGAAAAUUUUACUUUAAUUCAGUCACCAAAGUGUAUUUUGACGAGACACAUCCAAUUACUUGUGCAUUAAAAUGUUAAAUUGUGGUAGGCAAGCAUUGUUUUGCUUAUUCUACGUUUUGGCCAUUGAAAGUUGCUCUGGCUCAUUGGAUUUUUGGCCAUUCAAUAUAAACAAAGAAACAGCACCAAGUGUGAAAGUUAUUCCAGAAACCGAUGGCAACUUUAUCCAUAUCAAACACUUCGACGAAUCAAGUCUCCAAGUGCACAUUGACUCUAUGAACAGGUUUCUGGAACCGUACAUCAGAACAGCUUAUAAGGAUAACAUUUUUAAUUGCAAGUUUACCAGACCACCACCUUUUAAUAGCUUUUGUGAUUUUAACGUAAAAGAUCUUGACCGAUGCUCGCCAGAUACCGACUUCGGCUUCCGCAGAGAAAGCCCGUGUCUACUGUUUACGCUGAGCGAGGUUUCCAACUGGACACCAAUUGUCUUAAGUGAAAGCGAUAUUCAAAAUAACACAAACUCAUUUUCAACUGUACCAGAAAAUGUGAAUGCGUCGAUAAUCCAGGCCGAAAGAGACAAUUCUAUAGAGACAUACAUCUGGUUCACCUGCGAAGGUGACACCGCUGCCGAUAAGGAGUUCAUCGGCACCGUCAGUUAUUACCCGUACAAUGGCUUUCCCACUUACUACUUCCCAUUCAAAAAUGUGAAGGGCCAUGUGUCUCCAAUCGUUGCUGUGCAUUUCGAACGGCCCAUGAGAGGUGUUGUUAUCACCAUCAUAUGCAAGGCAUGGGCGAACAAUAUUCCAUUGAACGAGGAGAAGGGAUUGGGAUACGCAAAAAUUCAUUUACUUAUGGACUGAAAAUAAUUUUCAAAUGAAGUUUUAGGCGCAAACAGCACAAGGAGCGAAAUCGACGUUUUGCUAUAUAAGGGACCUGCUCCAAAUAGAUUCUCUAUUCAUACGAGGGAGGAGUCAAUUCGCUCUCUUGUUGCUGGUUUUGUUGUGAAAAUAAUUUUCUCCAUAUACCUACAAAUUCACACUCUUAUAUUGAGACUACCUACGUUGGCAUGUAAUGGCCCUGGUUGCCUUCAAACGUUUCUAUUCAAUAUUAUAAAAGGCUGGAUCCAUGAAAUUUUAAAUGCUUGUGUGCUUAAUAAACAUUAUUAAUUACAAACUUUGUCUUAAUCAAUU